AUGUCCGUCGCCGCAGCUUCCCCAUCGCUCGACCACGGACACCACUCCCAGCCCUCCCUCACAGAGAGCCAGGGGUCUGUCCUCCACGACUACCUCGGCGAUGACAAUAACACGUCGGUUGCCGACUUUAGCGAGAUCGCAGAUGACGAGCAGACCACCACCACCACCGACGUCCCAGACGAUGUGACCGAGGGGGGUCGCGACGGCGAGGACAAGGAGAACGGCCCCGCUGUCGACGCAAAGGAGGGUGGGGUCAACAAGGUUCUCAAGAGCGGUGUGUUUGGUGCAUCGCCAAAGGCUGUCGCCCCAACGCGCAAGGCCACCAAGCCCGACGCACCUCGCGUCUCGCUCGCCAACCGUAAGCCAUUAACGGCGCCGACGGCGGCCUCGGCCGCGCGCACAGGCAACACUGGCCCAGGUGCGCAGCCUACUCGUCCCAAGACGGCCUCGUCGUCAUCGACCGGUCCAGGAUCGCCGCGUGUCGCCAGAGUCCGACCCCUGGCAUCGUCGACAACUCCGGCGCCCAAGGCGCGCACGGGCACUGCGGCCCCCUCUACCGCAACGGCCGCCCGCACCAGACUGGCAGUCACCAAGCCGACUUCUGCCUCUGGCCCUGGCCGCACGACCAUCUCUGCAUCGAGCGCCGCUGUGCAGAAGAUGCGGGAAGCGCGCGAGGCGCGCCAGGCUGCGGCAGCUACCGCAAGUGGCGCACGUGUGUCUACGUCUACCCCUCCUGCGCGUGACCUUGCGUCUGUCGCUUCGACCCCCUCCGCCCGCACUGCUACUGCCCCUGCGGCCUCUGCUGCUGCCGCUAAGCCUGUUGCGCGUCCUCGUGCCUCCCUGUCCGUCUCCACUGCUUCUGCGUCCGCCCGCACCACCGCUCGGCAUGCCACAACGGCGUCCUCUUCGGUGCGGCCCCGCGCCAGCCUCGCGUCGACUACCUCGGUCGCCACUGUCGCUCGCAAGGUCGCCACCGAAGCCGAAGUGCAGGCUCGCAUCGACGAGAUCACCAAGAAGUUUGAGGAGCAGCACGCUGCUCUCGAGGCCAAGAUCGCCGAGGAGAAGGUCAACCUGGAGGUCAAACUCGCCGAGGCCGCGGAGGCCAGCGCGAAGCAGUUUGGAGAGGAGAAGGCGGCGCUCAAAGGCAAGACCGCUGAACUGGAGGCGAAGCGCGACGAGUUGGAGGCCAAGCUGGUGCAGCUGACCGAUGAAUACUCCGCCGCACAGAAGGCCCACGCAGACACCUCUAACAAGCUCGCCGAGCUGGAGCACACUCACUCUCGCAGCCUCGAAGAGUCGACCAGCUCACGUGCGUCGCUUGUCGCCGAGCACGAGGCUAAGAUCAAGGAGUUGACUACGGCUCACGAAGAGUUCGAGAACCAGGUCAAGGCCCUUGACGUCGAGCUCUCUGAGGCUGUAUCCGCAAAGACCUCUGUUGCCGCUACUCUCGAGUCGCUCCAGGCCGAGCUCGCUGGCAAGGUCAAGGAGUACGAGGCUUUCGCCGCCAAGGUCAAGGAGGAGAACGCUACGCUCGAGGCCAAGGUCGCAAAGCUUGAGCUCCUCAAGAAGAAGCUCGAGGAUGAGAUCGCCGAGGGCGCGGAGGAGGCCGAGAAGAGCAUGGCCGGCGCCGUGUCGCUCGAGGGCAAGUUCAGGGACCUGCAGGAGGAGAAUGCCGAACUCCAGGUCAAUCUCGACGGCGAGCGCAAGAAGCUCGGUGAGGAGCUUGCUGCAUGGAACACGGAGCGCGCAUCACUCAAGAGCGAGCUCGAGUUGCACCUCGCCCACAGCACGUCGACCAAGGAGUCGCUCAACAAGUCUGUCGCCUCGGCCGAGACCUACGCGUCCGAGAUCAAGGCCCUCAAGUCCGAGCACACCACCCUGGUGGACGCCCACGCUGCCCUCAAAUCAUCCCACGAGGCCCUUGUGUUAAAGCAUGUGGAGGCGUCGGACACGCUUGCCGAGCUCCGGGAGUCAGAGGCAUCGUCCAAGGAGGCCGUGACCAAGCUCGAGGUGCAGCUGAAGGAGGCCGAGGAGAAGACCAAGGCGUCGCUUGCCGAGGCGUCAGGUGCCCAGGACGACACUGCCGAGAAGCUCCGCAAGGAGCUCGCCGAGGCGGUCGCUGCACGUGACGCUGCCCAGGCGAAGGCGGACGCCGCAGAGAAGGAAGCUGCAGGCCUGCGCGACGCCGAGUCUUCCACUGGGUCACAGAUCGAGGCUCUCAAGGCCACCAUCGCUGGGCUCGAGCAGCAGCUGAAGGCGGCCAAGACUGAGCACGGGGACAAGCUCGCCGUUAGCGUUCGUGAGGCUCAGGAGAAGGCGACGGCCGAGCACAAGUCAGCUGUUGAAGUGGCGAAGGCGGAGCAUGACAGCAAGGUCGCUACGCUCUCUGCGGAGCUCUCGGAGCUUAAGAAGGAGCACGAAGCCAAGGUCGGUGCUCUUAUUCGCGACAUCGAGGGCCUGAAGGAGAACGGUGAGGGCUCGGCAGCCUCUCACGUCAAGGAACUCGAGACCCUCGCCACUGAGCAUGCAGCAAAGCUCGCCACGGCCGUCGCUGCGGCUACUGAGUCUGGCGAGAAGACACUCGCCGACAAGGUCAAGACCCUCAACACCGAGCACGAUGAGGCGAAGAAGGCGCUCGCCGCCGAGCACGCCAAGGAGGUAGAGGAGGCCAAGGCGGCUGGAGCCAAGCUGGUCGAAAAGCUCCAGUCCCAGCUCGCAGCGUCGCUCGGUGAGCACGAGUCGGUCACAAAUGAGCUGGCCGCCACUACCAACAAGCACGAGUCCGCCAGCAAGGAGCUCGAGGAUCUCAAGGCCGCACACGCGAAGGAGGCUGAGGCACUCAAGGUUGCCAGCGAGAAAGAGCUCGAGGCGCUCAAAGCUUCCCACACGAAGGAAAUCGAGGCGUCGACCAAGGAGCUGGAGACCGUGCAGUCUGCGCAGGCCGCGCUGGUCAAGGAGCUCGAGGACGUGCGUGCCGCCCAGGCUGCCGCGAGCAAGGAGCUCCAGGCGUCGCGUGCUGCUCAGGCUACCACCGCCAAGGAGCUCGAGGAGGCCCGCGUCUCCACCGCCACUGCUGCCAAGGAGCUCGAGGACUUCCGCUCGUCCCAGGCUACUGCUGCAAAGAAGCUAGAGGAGUCCCGUGCGUCGACCGCGUCGACGAACAAGGAGCUCGAGGCUGCGCGUGUGCGUCUCAGCGACUCCGAGACGAUGAACUCACAGCUGCUCAUCAAGAUCGAGAACCUCGAUAUGCAGCUUGCGCAGACGAAGCGCUCGCCACCCGCAUCGCCCACCAAGCGUGCCGGCAGCCCGAGCGAAGUUGUUCAGCUCCGCAAGGAGCUCGAGGCGCGCACCGACGAGCUUGAGGGCAUGAACCUGAUGCUCGAGAUGAACCGAACUGAGUUUGAGCGGGCGAUGGAGGAGCUGCGCAACGACCACGCCUCCGCGCUCGCCAAUUCCAACGACAACGUAGCGGGUCUGCAGGACCAGCUCAAGGCGGAGCGUGCUGAGAAGACAAGCGCGCUGGCCAAGGUCCGCCAGCUUACGGCGGGCACGGACGGCUCUCCGCGCACCGCGCACAUUGCGCAGCUCGAGGACACGCUCUCGCAGCUGCGCGCCGAGGUCGCGAGACGCGAUGUCGCUGACGCGCCCAACGCCCCUGACGAUGUGGAGCCCGACGAGGAGAUUUAA